GGCGCCGGCGGGGACGCUCCGGAGCCGGGCAAGGACCUCAGCGCCGGGCUGCGCAGCGGCCCCCGGGAUCUGAGCUGCCACCGCCUGCAGGAGUCCUUGUUCAGUUCCGACAGUGGCUUCAGCAACUACCGAGGCAUCCUGAACUGGUGUGUGGUGAUGCUGGUCUUGAGCAACACAAGGCUGUUUUUAGAAAACCUCAUUAAGUAUGGCAUCCUGGUAGACCCCAUCCAGGUGGUCUCUUUGUUCUUGAAGGACCCCUACAGCUGGCCAGCCCUGUGCCUGGUUAUUGUGGCCAACGUCUUCGCUCUGGCAGGGUUCCAGAUUGAGAAACAUUUGGCAGUGGGAGCCCUGAGCGAGGAGGCGGGGCUGCUGCUGCACGUGGCCAAUCUGGCCACUGUCCUCUGCCUGCCAGCCGCCGUGGCCAUCCUGGUGGACUCCAUCACACCAGUGGGCUCAGUGGUCGCGCUGAUGGUAUACACCAUCCUCUUCCUCAAACUCUUCUCCUACCGGGACGUCAACAAGUGGUGCCGCGAGCCAAGGGCCAGCGUCAGGGCAGGCGAGAGGUGCCAGGCGGCCCAGCUCGCGGCCUCUGGCGACAAGCGAGCCAACGGGGCUGCUGCGCAGCCUGCGGUGAGCUACCCCGACAACCUGACCCACGGAGACCUCUACUACUUCCUCUUUGCCCCCACCCUGUGCUACGAACUCAACUUCCCCCGCUCCCCCCGGAUCCGGAAGCGCUUCCUGCUGCGGCGGCUCCUGGAGAUGCUCUUCCUCACGCAGCUCCAGGUGGGGCUGAUCCAGCAGUGGAUGGUGCCCACCAUCCAGAACUCCAUGAAGCCCUUCAAGGACAUGGACUACUCCCGCAUCGUUGAGCGCCUCCUGAAGCUGGCUGUCCCCAACCACCUCAUCUGGCUCCUUUUCUUCUACUGGCUCUUCCACUCCUGCCUGAACGUGGUGGCUGAGCUCAUGAGAUUUGGAGACCGAGAGUUCUAUCGGGACUGGUGGAACGCGGAGUCCGUCACCUACUUCUGGCAGAACUGGAACAUCCCCGUCCACAAGUGGUGCAUCAGACACUUCUACAAGCCCAUGCUUCGCUGUGGGUCUGGCAAGUGGACUGCUAGGACGGGUGUGUUCCUGGCCUCGGCGUUCUUCCAUGAGUACCUGGUGAGCGUCCCUCUGCGCAUGUUCCGGCUCUGGGCCUUCACAGGCAUGAUGGCGCAGGUCCCUCUGGCGUGGCUCACCAGCCACUUCUUCCUGGGCAAGUAUGGCAACGCAGUGGUGUGGCUGACUCUCAUCAUCGGGCAGCCAGUGGCGGUGCUGAUGUACGUCCACGACUACUACGUGCUCCACCACGAGGCCACAGCCACACUGGCCAACUGAGUGUGCACCUCUUGCUCUCCCUGAGGCCGAGGUGUGGCCAGGGCUGGAGCACUUGCUGGCCCCCUUGGCCCUUCUGCCCCUAUGGGGCCCCUCCCUCAGGGAGUGACUGUCCAGCAGGCAUGGGCUGGCCUGGAUUCCCCGGUGGGGGGCUGUGUGUCAAUAAAGCGCUGUCCAGUGUAA